AUCAUUUUUCAAGCCGUGUCGUACCGCGUUAGGAGUGUCGCUUGGCGUAGAAUAUAAAUUUUCAUCAAAAGUGCUUAAAAAUCCGUUUAAAACAAUCAUAAACAGCAGUUUCCGAGUGCAAGGAUUGUGGCGAAAGUGCUGGUGUGAUCAAAAAAGUGUAUUUUGUGGGGAAUUUUCCGGUCGGAAAGGUUACGUUUUUCGCAUCACUCGCCGUCGCUGAGGUGAAAAAUCCAAGAUGGCUUUCAACCAGAAAAAUCCUCCAUGGCAGCGCAAUGCCGGGCAAAGUAUCGCCGGGAUGCAAACGAUUGUCAGUUUCCCCCAGGCGCAGCCGGUGUUCAACCAGGGCAUGGGGCUUCAACAGCAACAAAACCUGUCUCUGAUUCCGCAAAUGGGUCUGCAGCAGCAGCAGAUCUACUCGCAGGCCGUGCAAUAUCCGACGUCUCGUCCGAUCAACACGCUCGCUUUCCAGAACCAACCGCAAGCCCAGCAGUCCGCCCAGGUCAGCCAGGGUUCGUCGAAGUUCAACCCGAAUCAACGGGUCUUUAGUGGAACCGGUCAUGUUACCAAGGUCCAGAACGAUUUCGGUUUCAUCGACGAGGAAGUGUUCUUCCACAAGAACGUUUGCAAGGGAAUGUUCCCGAAGGUUGGCGAUCGCGUCCUGGUCGAAGCGGCAUACAACCAAAACAUGCCCUUCAAGUGGAACGCCACCAGGGUGCAGGUGCUGCAGUCGGCUUCCUCUAGCUCGGCCGGGAACAGCAGUUCCUCCAGGCAUGCCUCGAACUACGGUUCGAGCCAAACGUCCAACGCUGAUCGUUCGGGACGAAGCCGCUAUUCUCCGCGAAAGUCGUCGCCGGAUCGCCACGGACAUCGUUCGUCGAACCGGGACUCCCGCCAUCGUGAUGGCGAUGAUGAUGACCGUCGACGCCGUCGCGAUGAUCGCGAUAAUGAUCGACAUCGCGAGAAGCGAGAUCGUAGCUCGGAAAGGGAUCGUCGCGAUCGUGAGAGAAGCCCCGUCCGGAAGCUGUCUCCGAAGCGCAGGAAGGUUCGUCCGAUUCCUCGCUAUAUGGUCCAAAUGCCGAAACAACUGUUGACUCUCAAAGGCGUUGACAUUCUUGAGCUGCGUCGUCGCUAUCACACGUUGUACAUUCCCUCGGAUUUCUUCUCGUCCGAGGUUCGCUGGGUAGAUGCUUUCCCACCAAACGCUCCAUUCUCGAUUCGCAAACCGUGUGCUUUCCAUGUGAUGCACAAGGAUGUGGAACCGCUGCACCCGAACGAUGUCAAUCUGGAACCGGCAGAUGCCGACUACCUCUACAGCGCCAAGGUGAUGCUGAUGGGCACACCUCCGCUGUCCGAUUUCUAUCAGAAGUGCUUCACCACCACGGAGGACCGGGAACGUCACGAUGAGGACCCGGAUCACGUCCAUCCGACCCGGUUGAUCAAUUUUCUCGUGGGCAUUCGCGGCAAGAACGAAACGAUGGCCAUCGGAGGACCGUGGUCGCCGUCCCUGGAUGGGGAGAACCCGCACUCGAAUCCGAAUGUGCUCAUCAAGACCGCCAUCCGGACGUGCAAAGGACUGACCGGAAUCGAUCUA